AAGGGGUAUUAGUGCACUUUUAACCAUUUCUCUUCUGGAUGGCGAUUUGCCCGCUUCAAUUCUCCCGCCAUUUGUGAAAAAGAAAAGAGCUCCAAACCCUAACUUUCCUAAUUCCUCAUCGAACUGGAAUCCUGGGAGGUAUCAAAUUUCCUUGUAGUGUUUAUUGAACUAAAUGAAGUUCAAGGCAUUUCUAACUGACAAUGGUGUCAAUCUUUUGGACAAGAGGUUCCUGCCUGCCCUUGACAAAAUGGGAAAGAUCUGUCACCUCUAUCUUACGAGAGACCACGUAUAUUUCCUCCAUAACCUCCUUAAUGGUGAUGGUAUCCAAUCCAUUGCUCAAUUCCGCAAAGAAGCACUCUUUGAUGAGUAUCGCAUCUCUAGCCAAAAUGAUGAUCGGAUUUCUUUUGCUAUUGACCUCUCUCUUCUGCACCGUGCCCUUCAUAGUCUCAUUAGUAUUUACACCGAGUUCAGUGCCAGUGACAGUGGAGUUCCUGGUGGAAACAACGCCCCUAACCGCAUCCAAAUCAAGCUGGUAAAGAAGCUCCCUCCACAUUCUCAACAACCUAUGCCUUUUCUCACCUUUGAGACGAAAGGUUACAAGUCUGCUGUUAUUCAAGAUGUGCCCAUCUCUAAGCCCUUGUCAAGGUCUGAUGUACUUGAAUUACAAGCAGCCCUUGAUAUGGCUCAAGAUAUGCCUCAGACACUUAUAGGAGUACCAGACAUGCACCAGUUACAGAACUUCGUGGAUAAAAUGAAAAAUGUCGGUGACGUGCUUAAUGUUUCUAUAAGCAAGUAUGGUGAUCUCCAUCUGCAAGUUUCUACUACCCUAAUUACACUUGGUGCUGAGUUCCGGAAGCUGUCAGUUGUAGGAGAACAAGCAGAGAGUCCAACAGAUGAUCAACAUUUGAGUGCUCAGUCAAGGACAAGAAUAGCAAUUGAGAGAGGAGAUGCAAUGACAGUGCAGGUGAGCGUAAAGCAUUUCUUCAAGAGUCUUCAGUGUCAUCAAGCAAAGCCCGAUUGCGCUUUCUAUGGGAUCGCUCAGCUGGGUGCUUGCUUAACAGUCAUAUUUCAGUUCUACAUUCCAGGUACACAUCAAACGGAUAAGGCAAUCAGUCUACAUUGCCGGCUACCCGUCCUUGACCCCGGAGCUAGUUGAAAUGUCACUAAAUUAAGAUUUGUAUUUCUUUGGCUUAGAAGUACUUUUGGCAGUUUAACCUUCCUAAAUUCCUUGCUGGUCAUGUGAAUGCUGUCAUAGACUCAUAGCUGAAAGCAUUAGUCUUCAUAACAUGAAUUAUAGUGUCCUUUCUGUAUAAUUAAAUGAAGACUUGAUUGCGUCGAUUCAAUUUUUCGGGUGCUCCCUCGAGACA